AUGUACGACCUCCAUGUUUGCUUGUUUGUUUCCGCCUUCUUGCUGUUGCUGUCGUUGACGACGAUGCCGGCUUGCCGUCUCUCCUCUCCUAUCCCCAGGAAGCAGAACGCGGCGCAGAUGCUAACCCGACUAGGCGCAGGGAAAAGUUCCCCGCACCACGGUGCCGUUGCGGUGCAGCGCUGCUUUUUUUACGCCGGCCUGGAUGAGUCACGAGUGCGGCGACUGCGGCGUGCCAGCACGACGUUUAACAAACCUCGUGGACGUGACACGUUGUCAUUGGCCUUUGAGCGGCGCGUGCGUGUGCUGCCGCUUCUUGGGGCGGGGGACAUGUACGCGGCGCCGGCGGCGUCCUCGGCGGCCGCGGACUGCGGCGCCGCGGGUGCGUCAAGGAGGCCGCUGCGUGUGCUCGUGGUCGAGCUGCUCUCGCUGGGCGACGUGGAGGCGGUGGUGCCGUACCCGGCCCCGCACCCAACGUACUACGCGGGGUGGACAGAUGACGGCCAACCGCACGCCGCGGCGAAGACGCCUGGGGCUUCGCCGUUUCUUGUCAGCGGGCGUGGGCGCAUGCUGCUGCCAGGCAACAAAAUGCAGCUGCGGCAAAACGGCGACACCUCACUCUUACGCGGGACCUUCACCAGGCGCGGCGCGAGCCACGGCGACACGGAGUAUGCGGUGGCACUCUGCAUUGAUCCCUAUCUGGACUUGGGGCGGUUUAGACGGGAGGAGGCGCAGGUGGAGCUGAUCUGCGGCUACCGCAACGUGCUCUACGAGGCGGUAGAGCUGCCUGGCGGUCCGGCGGACGUCGUGCGCAUCCCCGCCCUCUCGUGUGACACGUGCGGGGAGAACCUGCGCCACGAGCUGGGCAAGCUGAGCCAGCAAGCCCUCAUCAAGGGCUUUCACCGCAUUAGUAACGAGGCAAAGGAGAGUCUCAUUGUGAAUCCGCGCUUUCGCGUCGAGGUGUAUGUCCCGCCGCGGCUGCUCGAAGAGUUUGGGCGUGCCUUUUUGGAGGACGCCUGGGAGACGCCGGAGUCCACGAUAGAUCCCGGACGCACCGCGCUGUACCCCGGCCUGCCGCCCCCGCGAACGCUGCUGGAGGCCGACGGCUGGAUCGGCAAGCGCCGCGAGUUAGUGGAGGCGGUGGAGACGGAGGGACGGAGUUUGAUGCGGGGGACCCAGCGUGCGUUGGAUGGGACCGCCAUCGCGCCGCGCGAGGUCCUCACGGACAUUCGCGUGUUCGGCCGCGAGCGGGAGCAGCAGGUGAUGCUCGAGGGCGAGCGGGAAACGGCCGCGAAGGAGGGAUAUGACGCAACCGGCGACGGGCACCCCGCGUCGAUUGCCCCGCGGCGUCCAGGCAUCAAUCAGUAG